GGGUCUCCUUAGGGCCCGCCCCAGCGAGGGGGCGGGGCGCAGAUCUGUUUCCCUCAGACUCCGUCCGCCCGGGGCCUCUAAGGGAGCGCAAGGUCAAGUUCGCCUUAGGCCCCGCCUCCAGCUCAGGUACCAGGGGAUCGAGACCCGAGGCUGCCCGGGCCGGAGGCAGCCUUGAGUCCUGAGACCAAACGUCGUUCCCUCUCGGACCUCGGGCGCCGGGCCGCGCGCUGACCGACAGCCCCUGCUAGGCCCAGCAGGUCCCCUAGUCCCCGGCAGUCCCCCGCAGUCCCCCGAGACUCGCCGAACGCCGUUGCUGAGCCCUGCAAAUAGCAGUGAAAGAUGGAGGCAGGAGAGUCAGAGAGAAGAGAUGCAGCAUGAGAAAAACUGGACUGCCCAUUGCUGGCUUGGAAGAUGGAAGGGAGGCAGGAAAGAAGCUGGGAAAGACAAGAACAGACUCUCCCCCAGAGCCUCCAGAAAGGAACACAGCCCUGCCGACAGCUUAACUUUAGUCCCUUUUGGACUUCUGACUUCCAGAACUAUAAGCAGGGUGGCCACUGCAACGGGUGUGGAUGUGCCUGAAAAGAUGAAGAGCCGAAUACCUGUGGUGCUCCUGGCCUGUGGCUCCUUUAACCCCAUCACCAACAUGCACCUGCGCUUGUUUGAGGUGGCCAGAGAUCACCUACACCAAACAGAAUAUGAAGAAAAGGACCAUGAAGUUGCACUCGUUUUUCCUGGACCUCAGUCUAUCUCAGUAAAAGAUAUUUCUUUUCAUCUGCAAAAAAGGAUUCAAAAUAAUGUUAGCGGCAAAAAUGAUGACCCUGACAAGUCAUCUUUUAAACGCAAAAGAACUGAAGAACAAGAGUUCUGUGAUUUGAAUGACAGCAAGUGCAAAGGCACAACACUGAAAAAAAUUAUAUUUAUAGAUAGCACCUGGAACCAAACAAACAAAAUAUUCACUGAUGAGCGACUUCAAGGAAUGUACCAGGUCAUCCAGGGUAUCAUCUCUCCCGUCAACGACAACUAUGGGAAGAAAGACCUCGCAGCUUCUCAUCACCGAGUGGCCAUGGCCCGACUGGCCCUGCAGACAUCCGACUGGAUCCGGGUGGACCCCUGGGAGAGUGAGCAGGCACAGUGGAUGGAGACAGUGAAGGUGCUGAGGCAUCAUCGCAGCGAACUGCUCAGAUCUCCACCCCAGAUGGAAGGCCCAGACCAUGGCAAGGCACUCUCCCUGACCCCUGCAGGGCACUGAAUCCUACAGUACCAGCUUGCCUAAACCGUUUGUACAAACAGUAUGAUUUAUGGUGCACAUCUGCUUUUCUUCUAAGAGUUUGGAAUUUCAGUAAUCACCAUUGGUCGUGUAGCAGAAGAGCGCCUACAUCACUAGCCCACAAAAAACUCUGGGUGUCAAGUCUCAAGCAAGGCCCCCAGGCAGAAACAGCAUGCACUGUUGCUGCAUUUCACUGCUGGGGAGAGAAGCAUGUUCAGUGCAAACCCCACCCCAGAAGACAGAACUUUAAAAGCCUGCACCUGGACACCUCCAGACUCUACCUUAUGUGCCUUUCCUCCUGUUGUGUGGUGUUUCACUAUGGUAACCAUUGCGUGGAUGCAACUGCCUCUGAGGUCUGUGAGUCCUUCAAGCAAUACCCCAAACAAGAUGUUUCACCAAAGAAGAUACAUAGAUGAAUAUAAUAAGCACAUGAAAAGGUGCUCAACACCAUUAGUCAUUAGAGAAAUACAAACCAGAACCACAAUGAGAUGCCAUUUUAUGCCCACUAAAAUAGUUCAAAUCAAUCUAGCAAUCCACUCUUAGAUGUCUAUUAAAAGGAGGUAAAAACAUAUGUCCACUCAGACUUAUAGGCAAACAUCUGUAGCAGCAUAAUUCACUAUAGUAAACACAGGAAGCAAUUCAGGUGUCCCCCAACUGACAAAUAUACAAACAAAUGUAUUAUAUCCACGCAAUGGGAUACUGUUCAGCAAUUUCACAAAGGACUAGUGAUGCCUGCAACAACAUGGAUGAACCUCAAAAUGAGCUAAGUGAAAGAAACCAGACACAGAAGAUACAUAUUAAAUGAUUCCAUUCACAUGAAAUUUCUAGAAAAGGCAAAACUAUAGAAGCAAAAGCAGGUCAGUGCCUGGGAAUGGGAUUGACAGCAAGUGGGCACAAGGAAAUUUUGGGGUUGAUAAAAAUGUUCUAAAACUAGAUUGUGAUGAUAGUUGCACAACUGUGUACAUUUACUAAGGCUCAUCAAACUGUGCACAUAAAAUGCAUAGAUAUUGUGUUAUUUAAAUGACACCUUAAUUAAGGUGUUUAAAAGAAAAAUUCCCCUGAGUUUCUCCUGCUUGCAUUUGAAGUGAAAACUCAGCUCCUCAUGGGGUGGCCACCUCCCCCCUGCAGCUCUUUCUGUCUCUGCUUCAUCCAUGGGGCUUUCUCCAGUUUCUCACCCCACCCUCUUUCCCAUGAGUGCUCCAGCAGGAGCUGUUCCCUCUGCCUGGCACACUUUCUUACUUCUCCACUUCCUUGGGGUAACUCAGAGUCUUCUUCAACUCUCUACCUCAAGUCACGUCUCGCAGGAAGCUUCUCUGGCUCUGCCCACUGCACUCCUAGCUCCUUGCCCUUCUCCUUGGGGACACUCAUCACUCCUGAAACUAUUGACUCUUCUCCUAAGUACAGCUUCUGGCUCAUAGUGAGUGCUCAAUAAAUAUUUCAUAAAAUAAUGUCUGAAUAUUCAUCUGAAUACUUCUGAGAAGCCCAUGAUAAACAAACCUGUUUAACUUUGUGUAAACCAGUGUUUCUGAGGCAUGUUUUCACAAAGAACCCCUACCCUUUUUUUUUUUUUUUUCAAAUGGAGUCUCACUCUGUCACCCAGGCUGGAGUGCAGUGGCGUGAUCUUGGCUCACUGCAACCUCCUCUGCCUCCUGGGAAGAACCCCUUUUUAUACACAUAUACUUGAUAGUAUGUGCAACACAAUAUUUAGAAGAACAGUUUAGUAAGUUACUGUCUGAAGUUUUUUCUAGUUUUUUUUUCCUGCUACAAACAAUGCUGCAAUAAACACUCUUAUGCAUAAACCCUUAGAAGCCAGUGCUUUUGCUGGAUAGAUUACCAGGAGUGUUUAUUGCUAUGUUAAAUGGUAUGUGUACAUUUUAUUCUGAUAGAUGUUACCAGAUUGUAGACAGUAGAUUUUAAGUAAGUUGAUUUUUAAAAAAAUAAAAAGCAGAAUCCCAUAGAGCUGCUAAAAUUCUCAUUUCCUUAUUGCUUUCCAGAGAAUCUCCUUCAUUAUCUUUGAUACAAACCUAAGCAAAAUCCAUUUCUUUAUUUCAACAGAUAAUCUAUGAUGAAGAAUUUCAGGAAUUUAUUUGCCACAGAGAGAUAGAAAUUCACGGACAAACAUUGUUCCUAGCAUUUGCUGGGUGCCUAAGUCAAGCAUUAUUUUUAAUUAUUGGCAAAAAGAACUCUUCAAACUGCCUAAAUAAAGGAGGUGGGAGCAUCAGGUAUCAUAAGAAUGUCAAGAAUGGAAGGACCCAAUGACAGGACAUAUAAUAGGUUUCAGGAGAACUGGAAGAAAAGAAGAAAUUGAAGUUCCCUCCUCUCUCCCCUCUCUCUCUUCCUCCUCCUCCUCUUCCUUUCUCUCUCCCUUCUCUCUCCCUGUCCUUCCCUCUCUCCCUCCUCCUCCCCUCUUUCUCGCUCUUCUUCCCUCUGUCCAUCUCUUUCUUCCUCUCCCUCUCCUUCCUCCUCUCUCUUUCUCUUUCCUUUUCUCUCCCUCUCUCUCCCUCCUUCUCUCUCUUCCCUAUCUUCUUUCUCUUCUUCUCUCUCCUUCUCUCUCCCUAUCCAGCAGCCUUAACACCUAUGCCCAGAUGACCCUCCCCCUUCACCCCUCAUCUCAGUGUCAUGAUUCCAAAUUCCCAGAGAUAUGUGCUAUCCCUGAAUGGACUUGUUCAUCCUUGCCCAUGUGGCCAUGACUGGCAGGUCGGGGCCAUAUGUUUCUUCUUCAAACUGUGGCAGUGACAUUUCUGUAAAGAGGAAGAGUAAGUAGGAAGAAAGGAAAUGAUAGGCACCCCAAACACUUGAGUAAGUGCCCCUUAAAUCACAAACUAACCCAAGUAACCUGGCAUUUUGUGCAUAUAUCCUCUUACUCCUGUUUUGCUGGAGGCAGUGGACUAGGAUGGCAUGCUGGUGGCCAAACCACACCACUGGAGGGAGAAAGGAAAGCUGGCGGGAUGGCACCUGCAUGUCAGCCACUCUUCACUGUUCUCCUUCCACUGUGGGCAUCCAGGACCUGAGCCUGGCUGGUUGGGCAGAAGCUGGGCCUGGAUGAGCCUGACUUCCACAGGGGAGGGCAGAGGAAAGGGACUAAAGCUGGCUGGUGAGCUACCACCUUCAGCCCGAUUCUGCAGAGGAACCAGGAAACUCCUGCCCAAGAGGCACACUGAGCUCAGAACUGGGAGCAUCGAGCCAGGCAUGAGGGCCCAAUCCUCUGCAGCCCCAGAACCUUGUCUCCAAAAUUCAACUGGCUUCUUGGAAAAAGGAUGGCAUAUUUGUACAAAUGGAUGCUUAUGAGGAUUGUGUGGAUUUUCAUCUCAUCUCACGGUGUCAUCUCUUCCAGAGACCUGUCUUCCCUAACCAGUACCCUGCACCUCAAUCCCCUCAAAGCUGGAGGAGAGCCUGUCCUCUGUGCUCCCGAGCCCCUGUACAUCCCCAGUCACAUCCCCACUCAUCCUGGUUAUCCCAUUUCCAUGGCUGUCUCCUUGGCCUGACUGUGUACCUGGUGAGGGCAGGGGCUGUGUUGGAACCAGCUCAGUGUCUCACAGUAUGCAGACCAAAUACCCCAUGGAAUGGCUUCUGGAUAGUCUGGUGAAGGCCUAGCAUCCACUCCCCCUUCCAAACAACAUCCCGAGUUCCUUUUAACAGCUUUUCUUCCUCAUCUGGUGGAGCAUUGCUGCAUGCUCAUUCCAAGAUUUUAAAUCUGAAGUACAGCAACAGACUGAAAAAGACUGGAGUUUGUUCUAAUGGCUGUGUUCUAACCAGAACCCAGUAUGAGGUCACACUUGUUUUUCUUAUUUCCCUCCCAAAAAUGUUGUUUAGUGCUUGAUAAUCCAUCUAAUAAAUUUUCUUAUUUCUUAA